GCUAUGACCCGCCCCCUCAUACACACAUAGCACAGAUAGCGCAGCAAGAGAGCCAGGCUGGAGCUGGACCUGGAGCUGGAGCUGGACUUGGGAAGUCAGGAGUCAACGCAGAACAACGCAAUUUCGCCACAAGCUAAGACGACAGCUAACUGACGCUACAGAAUGGCGGUGGAUAUCUACGACUCUCAGUACCUCCUCAUCCUAGCCCCUUCCCUGGUCAUCGCCCUCAUGUUCCUCUUCUUCUGGCUCUUCAUGAAGGAAACCUCCUACGACGAGGUGCUGGCCCGGCAGAAACGUGACCUCAAGCUGCCACCAAGCAAGCCAGACCCCCGUAAGAAGAACGAAAAGAAGAAGAGCAAGAAGAAGGAGAGCGCCAGCGGAGGAAGCGGUGGAGGUGGCGGGGGCGGAGGAGAGUCGGAAGAGGACCUGCGGGAUUUCGAUGUGGCUGAUGUUGCCAACAGUUCCACUCUGGAGGUAGAAGAGGAACCUGCACCAGUGGCUACGCCCGAACCUUCACCGCCAACGCCUACUCCUGCUCCCUAUGUGCCUGUUUCAGUGUCACCAGAAGCUCCUGCUGGUCUGAGGGAGAGAAAGAAGAAGGAGAAAAAGGCUGCCAAGGCUGCUGCUGCUGCCGCUGCCGCCGCCGCCGCCUCUGCCUCUGCCUCUGCAGCUUCUCCCUCCGAGGAGCCAGAAGUGAACGGCUCUAAGCCUGUCAGCCGCAAGACGGAGACACCUCUGGCUGCGAGCAAACAGUCCAGCCCACCCUCAAGGGAACGCGAGGUUCAGGUCCCAGUCCAAGCUGUUCAGGCUCCCACGCAGGCUCAGACACCUCCCCAGACCUCUGGGAAGAAGAAGGAGAGGAAGAAACAAAAAGUGGAACAUGCCGCGGAUGACCAGCAGCCAGAGAUAAAAGCGGAGCAGGCCCCAGCACCAGUUAAGAAGGAAGCUCCCGUUGUGGCUGAAACCAAAGUUCUGGACGGUGCAACUCCAAGUGCCACUGGUGGCAAAAAGAAGAACUCUGCCAAGAGGCAGAAGACUGAGCCUGUUGAUGAAACACACAUUUUGGCAGAUUCAGCAGCUUCGGCCAACCACCAGGCAACCCACAACGACGAUGCGCCAUCCAAAGGGUCUGGCAAGAAACUGAAGAACGAGACCGAUAAAGAGAACACGGAGAUGAAGCUGAGGGAGCUGCUCUCUGGCCUGUCUAGCCUGGCUCUGACGGAGGCAGAGGCUGUCAGUGUGAUGACUCUCCUUCGAGAGAAGAGCCCGAAUGCCUUGGAUGCCUGGCACAAAUCUUCGGCCAGGCCCGACCCAGCCGCCCAGGAAAGAGAGAAACUGCUUACGACUCUGCAGGAGGAGGCGUCCAUUGCCAAAGACAAAGUCAAACAGCUCAGUCAGGAGCUACAGGUAGAGAAGCAAAAGACGGGUCGGGUGGAGGCUAUGAUGAGAGAGCAACGUGCAGCCAUGGAGAAAGAACUGGGGAGCAUGCAGUCCAAAGCUCAGGGCAGCUACCAGGAGCUCCAGACCAUACAGAUAAAGUUUCAGCAGGUGAGGGAGCAGCUGGAAAGCCAGAUCACUCGACUGCAGCAGGAGAACGGUAUCCUGAGGGACGCAGUCAGCUCUGCCACUAACCAGAUGGAGAACAAGAAUUCAGCAGAGCUGAACAAGCUGCGCUCUGAGUACGCUGGUCUGAUGAAAGAGCUAGCAGAUAACAACAGCAAGCUGCAGCAUGAGGAGCACCAGAGGAAGUCACUGGAGGUCAGCUACAAGCAGAACGUGUCCCAGCUGGAGGCCCAACUGCAGGACGCUAAGCGACGCUGGGAAGAGCUGCAGAACUACCUCCACAAUGUCAAUACCGAAAGAGAGAAACUCCAAGCCUCCAAACAAGAGCUCCACAGUCAGCUGCUGGCAGCGGAGACCGAGAUGAACAACAAGAACAAGGAGAUCCAGACCCUGCACGGCAGCCUGACUGACGCCAUGGUCUCCAAGGAGCGGCUGGAGCAGCGGGUCAUGGAGCUCAUGGAGAUGUCCCAGCACAGUAUUCCCGAUGACUCACUGCAGACCCGGGUUCAGGAACUUAUGAAUGAAAACAAAGGUCUUCAGGUCCAGAAUGAGAGCUUGCAGGCCCAGAUCUCUUCACAGGCCACCCAUGUCUCCCACAUGGAGGAACUCCAAAAACUACUGGCUGAAAAGGAGCUGCAGCGGAAGGGUCUGGAGGAUUCUCUGAACGCGGAGAGGAGCAGCGGGGCCACGAGAGAAACCAACAUGCAGGCCUUGCACAAUGAGAACAUGGCACUAAAGGCAGAGAUUCAGAAUCUGCAGGCACAGAUUUCUGAUCAGACUGCAUCCCAGCUGGCGUUGGACCAGUUCCAGAAGAGUGUCCAGGAGAAAGAUGAGAACAUGAAAACUGUGCAGGGUCUGUUGGAGGAGGGUCUGAUCCAGGUGGCCAACAAGGAGGAAGAACUCAAGGCUAUAAGAGAGGAGAACGCGGCAAUAAAACAAGAAAUCGAGGCCUUUAAGAGAAAGACGGCAGAGCAGGCAUCGUCAGAGUCGAGAGUGGAAGAACUCCAGAGCAAGAUUCAAGAGAAGGAGGAGAAGUUAAAGUCGGUGGAGGAGAGUCUACAAGCGGCGCUAGACAGCGGCUCUGCCAAAGACAAGACACUUGAGGCUCUAAAGCAGCAGUUGGCGGCCCUGCAGGCAGAGAUGGAACAGCUGAGACAGAAGGAGACACCAGAAGAGCUGCCCCAGCACCAAGAACUCCAGGCUCAGCUGGCGACAAAGGACCAGGAGAUCCAGAGGCUGCAGGCUGAGCUGGAGACGAGAACAAAGGAGCUGAGUGAGAAGAUGGAACAGGUACAACAACAGUCCCACACAGAAGUUCAAAGCCCAGAGCUUCUUAAAGCGUUGUCAGAGAAGGAGAGACUGGUCUCCAGUCUGCAGGCUGAACUGGCCGAGCUGAGGGACUCCCUGGAGCUUCACAGGAAGAAGAACAACGAGCUCCGGGAGAAAAACUGGAGUGCAAUGGAAGCUCUGUCAGCCACCGAGUCCAUGCUUCAAGGGAAACUCAGCAAAGCUGUCAAGGAGAACGCGACCACGCUGGCAGCGUCUCAGGCCGAGUGCCGAGACGUUCUGCACAGACUUCUGCCCCAUGUGCCUCUGCCGUCUGAACAGAACCAUCAGGAGUGGCUAUCCAGAUUUGAGAGGGCUGUAGCUGAGAGCUCAGCUGCACAGUCCAGCUCUGCAUCAGGAGACUCUGAGGCACUGGCUGAGAAACUGAAAGAAGCCGAGGAAACCCAGAAGAUUUUACAGAAAGACUGUGAGACGUACAAGAAGGUUUUGGCAGAGACGGAGGGCAUCCUGCAGCGACUCCAGAACAGCGUGGAGCAGGAGGAGUCUCGCUGGAGGGUGAAGUUGGAGCUGACGCAGGGUGAGCUCAGAGAGAUGAGUCAGAAAGUCGCAGCUCUGGAGCAAGAGGUCGAGAGACUAUCUGAUGGAGCAGAGUUGGAAAAUUUGAGAAGAGAAAAGCAGCACUUGGAGUCGGAGUUGGAGAGGGCGGAGCGUGAGAGCGCCACCUAUGUGACAGAAGUCAGAGAGCUCAAAGAUCUGUUGACUGAAUUGCAGACCAGGCUUGAUGGCUCAUAUACAGAGGCUAUCAGACAGAAUGAGGAGCUGACUGUGCUGAAAAAACAACUCACUCAGACCCUUUCCAAGCUGGAGGCAGAGGAGAAUGAGAGGCAAAAGGUGGCCGGUGACUUGUACAAGGCGCAGCAGUCUCUUGAUCUGAUCCAGGGGGAGCUCUCGAAAGUGGCGGACAACGCUGAUGACCUCAUAGAGAAUAGCAGUCUGUCAUCACAGAGAGAGGAGAUCGACAGAAAGGAGAAGAUGACUGCAGGGCUGAAUCAAACAGUCAGUGAGCUGCAGCAGCUGCUACAAGCCGUCAGCCGGCAACUUUCUAAGGGACAGGAGGGGGAGGCUGACAAAGAUCUGCCCAAGGUAUAGUGAGAGGAGGACACGCCCCCACGCAGCCACCCCAACUGCACUACAGACACCAUCUUUGACCUUUGGUCUCAUCACUACCACAUCACACCAUAUUGUCACACCCAACCACCUCCUCCCUCUCAGCCUCUGUACUCUGUACACCUGUACUCUAGACAGCCUCCAGCUGACUCUGGCCAAGACUAACUGUAAGCCACAAGGGAGCAAGCAGAGGUUACUGUUAAAUCCUGACACUCCAGGCACCGUACCAAAACCCGCACUACUCCACUCCCGCCACAUUCCUCUUCUUUAGCAGCAUCGCCAGUAAAUUUUUAUUCUAUACACUUAAAAAUGACAUCCGACAUAAUUUAAACUGUGUGGCAACCAUUCCUCUGUUUUAAAACACCUGUAUUUUUCAAUGAAAUCCUUUUGAAUACUGCCGUAGUUUUUGUUAUUUGUCUCAAGGGAGCAGUGAUAUAAAUUUCCAGCUUGACUUAACAAACUUUGGGUUUUCAGUCCUUUUCUUCUUAACUUAAAAAUAUGUAUUGUUUAAAUGUACCAGUUAGGACCUGCUGAAAUACACUAUGUUGUUUUGUUUGCCUCCUGACCAGAAAUCUAUCACAAAUUGUGCAGCAUUGUGCGUUCAUAGCUCCAUGCAUACCUUGACUCAGUACUGGGUGGGAGAAGGGAGAUCGGAAGAGGUCUCAGCAUAUCAGAAGGGUCACUGCGUGACUGUAACUAUGGAGAUGCAUGAACAAAUUGUAGGCAAGUCUGUACUGCAGCUCCAAAGAGAAGGGAGUCUGUGAGCCUGGCUGUGCAGGAAGGCCAGGUCAACAGUGUAGAGGUUUUUAAUCCUACUGCAACUACUCUAGGAAUAAGAGUCCCAUAUCAUCUGUAAUCAGCACUCGCUAUAUUGUUGCAAAGUUCAUUAACACUGAAGAUUUUGUUCUUUUUGUAACGGGUGAUGUUAAUAAAAGGGAUGCUUGAUAAAUCUGA